AUGGUGCAAUACAUCAAUCCAUCAAUUAGGAAGCAAGGGAUGGUUUUCCAGAGUAAAAUCGGUAAAAAAUUGAGAGUGUGUAUGCACUUUUGUAAUUGUUAUGAUGUGAAAUGGGCUACGAGAGUACAGGAUGUAUUUACAUACGCCAAACUGCUGGCGUUGUUUAUUAUUAAGCUGAUGGUGGAUAUCAACUUUACCAGAUGGCUGGAACUACCUGAUUUAUCUAUAGAAGAAUUAAAGAUCAGUACGUGUUAUCUCUUAGCAGUGACGUUUGCUAAUCACUUGUUUGGACCUUUUGCUUUGUCCAUACCAGUGUUUGUAGCACUUUCUACAUUUGGGGCAGUAAAUGGAAUUCUACUAACAUCUUCCAGCUUGUUCUAUGCUGGCGCGUGCAACGGACAAAUGCCGGAAAUCCUCACCAUGAUCCAGGAGAAAAGGCUGACCCCCACGCCUUCCGUCCUGGUUAUGGCGCUGUUGUCUGCCCUUUACUUGACCGUAUCGGACAUCGACGUUUUGAUUAAUUACGUUGGGUUUGCCACGUGGCUUAAGUAUAGUGUGUCAGUUCUUUGCCUCCCAUGGCUUCGAUGGAAGCGACCUGACUUGGAUAGACCCAUCAAAGUACACCUCAUCUGGCCCGUCAUCUAUCUCAUAGCUACGGUAUUUGUUACCGUAGUACCAAUAGUGGCCAGCCCUUACGAAACAGGGAUGGGUUUCCUGAUGAUUUUUUCAUCGGUACCGGUCUACUUCGUUUGCAUAUCUUGGAAACCGAAACCAUGGUGGCUGCAGAACUUCUUCGAUAGUAUUACAGUCUCUUUGCAAAGUUCCCUGCUUGUGUUGGGAAAUCGAAAAGAAGCAACUAUUCAAGAAUGGAUUAGUAUCAAGUUAGAUCCUUUACAAUAUGGAUGGAAGAAAAACCAAAAAGGCAAUUUCAUGCCUAUUCAAUCAACAGAAGAUGUGGCACCUUCUGAGCUACUAAAAUUAAUAUUUUACAAUUGCAAAGGGA